GGCAGAGCUGGAUGGCAAGAACCUGCCCUGGCCGCCAGGCUUAUAUAAACCCAGCCCCUCCUGCCCUAGAGCAUACAUACAUCCUCACCACCAUCAUUGCAGCAAGCACUGAAGCAAAAAAAGCCCAAACCAAUCAAGCCGAAUAGGGCACUCGGCAAAGGCUCCGUUUACACUAGUGCUAGGUGCAGAGCAGUGUGCUUGAUAUACAGCUAGCUUUCGUACUGAUCAGCACCAAGCAAGCAAGCUAGCUAGCUGUUGAGGAGGUGUGUGAGGUCGGUCGUCGUCGAUCGAGAUGAAGAAGGGCUCAAUGAUGGCCUUGUUGGUCCCUCUGGCUGUUGCGCUCCUCUUGUCAGGUCCAUCGUCGUUGGCAACGGCGGCAUCCGGCGGCGGCGGCCCUGUGGAGUGGGGGAAGCUGGACCCGCACUUCUACGACCAGUCGUGCCCUCACGCGCAGCACAUCGUGGCGUCCAUCGUGGGGAAGGCGCAUUACCAGGACCCGCGCAUGGCCGCCUCCCUCCUCCGCCUCCACUUCCACGACUGCUUCGUCAAGGGCUGCGACGCGUCGCUGCUGCUGGACAGCAGCGGGUCCAUCGUGAGCGAGAAGCGGUCCAACCCCAACAAGGACUCCGCCAGGGGCUUCGAGGUCAUCGACGAGAUCAAGGCCGCUCUCGAGGCUGCCUGCCCGGGAACCGUCUCCUGCGCCGACAUCCUCGCGCUUGCUGCCCGCGACUCCACAGUCAUGACUGGCGGGCCUGGUUGGAUCGUGCCGCUGGGGCGGAGGGACUCCCGUGGCGCCAGCGUGCAGGGCUCCAACAACGACAUCCCGGCUCCCAACAACACUCUGCCCACCAUCAUCACCAAGUUCAAGCUCCAGGGCCUCGACAUCGUCGACCUCGUCGCACUCCUCGGUAGCCACACCAUCGGCGACUCCCGGUGCACCAGCUUCCGGCAGCGCCUGUACAACCAGACGGGCAACGGCCUCCCAGACUUCACCCUAGACGCGUCCUACGCGGCGACGCUACGCCCACGCUGCCCGCGCUCGGGGGGUGACCAGAACCUCUUCUUCCUCGACCCCAUCACGCCCUUUAAGUUUGACAACCAGUACUACAAGAACAUCCUCGCCUACCAUGGCCUCCUCAGCUCCGAUGAGGUGCUCCUCACCGGCAGCCCCGCUACUGCCGACCUUGUCAAGCUCUAUGCUGCCAACCAGGAUAUCUUCUUCCAGCACUUCGCGCAGUCCAUGGUCAAGAUGGGCAACAUCUCGCCGCUCACGGGGGCCAAUGGCGAGAUCAGAAAGAACUGCAGGAGGGUUAACCACAGCUGACCGAUCCAUCGGCUCAACGUGAUAACAUUGGCCGACUGCCAGUUGCUUAUUAUGCAUGUCUCAGCUCUCCGUGUUUGGUUGGUUGGUUUGUUGAUUCAGUGGCCACAUCUUGCUGAGAUUUAUUAUUUGUUUUCUUCAAACUGUAUGAAUUUUCCUUGUCCAUGCGUUGUUUUCUUUCAAAAUUGUUGCUCUUGUUAGAGGAUUCUAUUUUCGAUUGUACCUUGGAUUGGAGGUACAUUAUAAUAUAUGUUUGUUAUAUAUCAGUUCCAGUCAAGAAAAUUUGGUGAAUAAA